GGGCAGAGGGGAGGGCGCGUCUUUGUCUGGGAACACAUCCAGCAGGAGAGGAGCGCACGAUCAUCAGAGCUCCGGGGUUUUAUUUUAUCUCCUGGAUUACAGUUUUUCAACGCUUGGGGAGCAUCACCCGGUCGCGAUCGCGCGUAUAUAUCGGAAACUGCACACUGGAAGUUAUCUGGAAGACUCUUAUGGACGCGCGCAAGAGGGCUUUUUAAUGUUUCCGUUAGUCAGAGCGGAUGGAUCUUAGAGGAAAUGCAUUUACGGGUUUUUUAAACAGCUGAACACCUUCCAUCAAAGUUUCAUCUCUUUUGUCCCGUCCCGCAGCUUCUUCCCCGCCGCUCGGCAUGUUCUGACAGCGCGUAACGGUUGUUUUCCUGCGCCUUUCCCCCACAGGCGUCACAGGUAAGCUGCUUGAGCCAACUGACACCUUAGCUGAUGACAACAGAUCACCUCACAGCGUAACGUGACAGGUCGUUUCUCAGCUUGCAGCCUCCGAAAAAACAAAAAAAACAAACAAAAACGCGUCCGUCCUGCGUCCAUUAUGGGCCACGUUAGCGGGACACAUCUACUCACCUGGACCAAGUCUUCGAGGAGCAGGUCCCGGGAAGUGUUGAAAAUAUACCUGGGAGUAUUGACGAUGCUUCAUCUCGUGCUCCGCGCGGAAGCAUCGUCGGUGUCCAAGUCUUGUGAAAAAAGCUGUUUUUCAGGGAAGUGCAUCAACGGCACCUGCGUGUGUGACCACGGCUGGGUCGGGGAUCAGUGCCAGCACUGUCAGGGAAGAUUCAAGUUAACGGACCUGUCAGGCUCUCUCACAGAUGGUCCAUUCAACUACAAGUACAAGACCAAGUGCACUUGGUUAAUAGAAGGAUUCCCUAAUGCUGUACUCAGGCUGCGCUUCAAUCACUUUGCCACAGAGUGCAGCUGGGACCACAUGUACAUCUAUGAUGGAGACUCCAUUUAUGCCCCUUUGAUUGCUGUCUUCAGCGGUCUAGUGGUCCCAGAGAGCAGAGGGAACGAGACGGUUCCCGAGGUUGUGACGACGUCCGGCUACGCUCUGCUUCACUUUUUCAGUGAUGCUGCCUACAACUUGACUGGUUUCAGCAUCGCCUACUCGAUAAACUCUUGUCCCAACAACUGUUCAGGCCGCGGCAGAUGCGGCGCUGCAAACUCGGUCGCGGGACGCGUGUACUGCGAGUGCGAGGAGUACUGGAAGGGAGAGGCCUGCGACAUCCCUUACUGCAGAGACAACUGUGGCAGCCCGGAUCACGGCUACUGUGACCUGACCGGGGAAAAGCUGUGUGUCUGCAACGACAGCUGGCAAGGUCCAGACUGCUCUCUUUCCGUUCCCUCCACCGAGGCUUUUUGGGUGCUGCCCAGUAUUAAACCAUCUGCUCAGUCUCUGGGCCGGGCGUCCCAUCGGGCUCUGGUGCAUUCCGGGUUGAUGUGGGUGGUGGGAGGUUAUUCCUUCAACUACUCCAAUUACCACAUGGUCCUCAACUACAACUUGGAAACUAGCACAUGGGAUGCGGUGCCCGUCAGCAGCGGCCCUCUCUACAGAUACGGACACUCGCUGGCUCUGUAUCAGGAUGAUAUCUACAUGUUUGGUGGGAAGUUGGAAGCUGGACCUGCUAAUGUGACAGAUGAGAUGUGGGUGUUCAACAUCCCCAGGCGCACCUGGUCCCUCAGAAAACCGGUCCCGUCACCUCCUUACGCCCUGGAGGGACACGCGGCACAUGUGGUGGAGCUGGCCAACGGCGAGCCGGUGAUGCUCAUCAUUUUUGGCUAUUCGCCGAUCUACAGCUACAUCAACAAAGUUCAAGAGUACAGCAUCAGGUCUAACUCGUGGCAGGUUGUGUCUCCUGGAGGUGCGGUGGUCCAGGGAGGUUACGGUCACAGCAGCGUGUAUGAUGAAGCCAGCGGCUGUGUGUUUGUCCACGGGGGAUACAAGGCACUAAACAACAACAAAUACGGCCUGGUGGACCACAUGUACCGCUACCACGUCCACACAAGAACAUGGUUAAUCCUCAAGGAGAGUGGUUUGGCACGGUACCUCCAUUCGGCGGUGCUGCUGAGCGGCACAAUGCUGGUUUUCGGGGGGAACACUCACAAUGACACAUCCCUGAGCAACGGAGCCAAGUGUUUUUCUGCAGACUUUCUGGCUUAUGAUAUCGCUUGUGAUGAGUGGACUGUUCUUCCCAGACCACGGCUGCACCGGGACAUCAACCGCUUUGGACACUCUGCUGUGGUCGGUAACGGCUCCAUGUACAUCUUUGGAGGUUUUUCUGGCCUACUUCUGAACGAUGUGCUGGCCUACAGUCCUCCAUCCUGCCAGGCCUUCUCAAGCCCGGCGCCGUGCGCUGCUGCUGGACCAGGCGUCCGUUGCCACUGGGUGAAAAGUAGAUGCGUCCCCUGGAAGCCGAAACCACCCGAUCACAGUUUUCCCGCUCCUUUCUGCCCUGCUCGGCCCGACACUACAGAUGAGCAGUGUUUCCGCUUCCCGGACUGUGCGAGCUGCACUGCCAACACAAGAGGAUGCCAGUGGUGUGAGGAUAGGAAGUGUAUAUCUGCCUCAAGCAACUGUACUGUGCUGACUCUGGAGCUGGCCCAGCAGCAUGGCGGCGCUCUGUCUCUGUCUCCCCCUCCAUCCAUGUUGUCUGAACAUCAGCUGAGCUUGUGGAAGCACGGAGCCAGGAGAAGGGGACAUACUGUAAGAGACUCGUCCAGGUGUAAGCGCAGGGAGGAGCUGGAGUGUUUCAGGCUGGCCAGCUGCAGGAGUUGCUCCCUGAACGUUAACUGCCAGUGGGAGCCACAGCAGCAGGAGUGUCAAGCGUUGCCUGGCCAGCUGUGUGGGGAGGGCUGGCACCAGGUCGCUGAGGUCUGCCUGAGGAUCAACUCCAGCCGAGAGAGCUACGACAAUGCCCAGCAUUACUGCAAAAACCUUGGAGGAAAUAUUGCCUCUUUGUUGACAGACAAACAGGUCAAUUUUGUUUUGGAAGAGCUACAAAAAUAUCAGCUGCAAGACAAGACGUUAUCUCCAUGGGUCGGCCUGAGGAAGAUCAAUGUGUCAUACUGGGGCUGGGAGGAUGCAUCGCCCUUCACAAACACCACCCUGCGAUGGUCACCUGGAGAGCCCAGUGACUCGGGCUUUUGUGCCUACUUGGAGCAAGCUCAAGUGGCCGGUCUUAAAGCAAACCCCUGCACCGCCACCUCAGACGGCCUGAUCUGUGAAAAACCUGCUGGGAGUCCCCAGAGUCAGGAUGCUCGUCCCUGUAAGACGCCUUGUGCUUUGCGCACCAGCUGUGCCAACUGCACCAGCCAGGCCAUGGAGUGCAUGUGGUGUGGAAGUACUCAACGAUGCGUAGACUCCUCUGCGUAUGUCAUUUCCUUUCCCUACGGCCAGUGCCUGGAGUGGCAGACCCAGGACUGUACUGCCCCGAACUGUUCAGGCCUGAGGACGUGUGCCGAGUGUCUGGAGAGGGUGGAGUGUGGUUGGUGUGGGGAUCCCAGUAACACCGGGAGGGGUGUUUGCAUGGAGGGCUCCUACAGAGGCCCCCUAAAACCUGUGACUGCGAAGACUGGGCCCAGAGACCGGGACAGACUGCGAGACAGGGAUAUGGUGGUGGAUCAGGGUCUCUGUUCGUCAGAUAGAGGCUACAACUGGGCCUUUAUCCAGUGCCCCGUAUGCCAGUGUAACGGUCACAGCAGGUGUGUGAACAGCAGCGUGUGCGAGCAAUGUGGAAACCUGACGGCAGGGACACACUGCCAGACCUGCAUGCCUGGUUACUAUGGCGACCCCGUCAAUGGAGGGAAGUGCAAUGCAUGCAAGUGUAACAGCCACGCCAACGUGUGCCACAUCAACACGGGGAAGUGCUUCUGUACCACCAAGGGCGUCAAGGGAGACCAGUGUCAGCUAUGUGACUCAGAAAACCGUUACCUUGGUAACCCCCUUCGAGGAACCUGUUAUUAUAACCUGCUCAUCGAUUACCAGUUUACCUUCAGUCUGCUUCAGGAAGAUGACCGCUACUACACCGCCAUCAACUUCAUGGCAACGCCUGAACAGGCCAACAAAAACCUGGAUAUGUCCAUCAAUGCCUCAAACAACUUCAACCUGAACAUCACCUGGUCCUUAAGUUCAACCGCUGGCACCAUCUCCGGUGAGGAGAUGCCCAUCAUCGCGAGGAUGAACAUCAAAGAGCACCGUGACAGUUUCUCCAGUGAAAAGUUCAACUUCAGGCUUCAUCACAACAUCACCUUUUACGUGUACGUGUCCAACUUCAGCUGGCCAAUCAAGAUCCAGAUUGCUUUCUCUCAGCACAACAGCAUCAUGGACCUGGUGCAGUUCUUUGUUACCUUCUUCAGCUGUUUCCUGUCACUGUUGCUGGUUGCUGCUGUUGUUUGGAAAAUCAAACAGACCUGCUGGGCCUCACGACGUAGAGAGCAGCUGAUGAGAGAGCGGCAGCAGAUGGCCAGUCGUCCCUUCGCUUCGGUCACUGUAGCGUUGGAGGUUAGCGAUGACCAGGAGGAGCUGCUGCAGGCAGUGCCAAAGCCCAUAGCCAUGGAGCCAUGCUGGGGAAGCAGAGCAGGUGUUCUCACAGUACUACUGUACCUGCCCAGAAUCCCAUCUGGAAUACCUCCACCUGGACAAUCUGGUGUUGCCAUAGCCAGUGCUCUGAUAGACUCGUCCCAGCAGCGAGUGACGGACUUCAAAGAGCGAGCCCUGGGUCUGAAGCACCGCAAACACAUCGUGCACCAUCAAGGGACCUGCGUAUGAACUAUGUGCCCUCAACAAGGUUCCAACAUAUCCAACAUGUCCCAAAGGGCAUCUUCACUGGACACAUUCUUAUUGACUUUAGACACAGGUGAGCAUUGUGACCAAAAAGGCAAAGCCUGCAAAAAAAAUGGGAUUGGAUGAUCCUUGAUCUUAAAGUGGCUCGGAAAGACGACGGAUAUGGAUUGGAGCAUACAACUGCUCUCUUCACAGGCACCCAGAAGGGGUAAAUGGUAGUUGUAGUCCCGUUUCUUCCUUGGAUCAGAUACAAGGCUUCUUCAUUGUCCCCUGUGUGUAUAUUCUGGAAGCAGUAUUGCAAAUUGAGAAUGAGAAUCUGUCUCUCCACCACAGCUUUGUUCAGAAAUUUGCCACGAGGAGCUGGCAGACUUUUUUUUUUUCCUCUCCCAUUUUCAUGCCAUAUGGCUUCGUGUCUCCAGGGCUCUCCUUGUCUGUCACGCAGUGACUGCCAUAUUGACAGAAGGGGAAAAAAUAAAAAAAAGAACAGAACUCUUGUUUUUCCACCAAACAAAAUGAAAUGGCUUUGACCUCCAGUGAAAAGAUCGAGCUGAUAUAAAGUCCUCCUGAUUUACAAACCCGAUGAGCCUCAGGAGCCAAACAGAAGAACACUGAUUUAACCAGAUCAAUGCAAAACUCUGCAGUUGGUCGUGGUCUGUUACAAUAAUUCACCAGAGGAAAUCAAAGAACUGCAUUUUGCUAUAAAGAUCAUCGGAUGCAAGUACUGAAAUGUGUCUUUUAUGAAAUACAUAGAGUUUGUUCCUGCCUACACUGACAGUUGAAGUUAUAGGUUUUAAUAUCUGCUCAGGUCCUCUGUGAUGAAAAAGGUCCGUUCUCUGUAGCUGCGGGCCUUAAAUACACACGUUUGUAUAUGCACUAUAAGUGAAAUGCUUUACCCGUACAUUAGAAGCCUCUGUGGGAUUUUAUUAUGCAACUGAUCUUCCAAACGUGGUGUUUAUUCUGGGCUGCGAUGUAACCUCAAGGUCAGUAUCAAACAAACUACUGAUGGUAUUCAUUUGCCUUUUCAUCUCCCCCCCGCCCAUUACUGUGAAGCUACCGUAUAUACAUCUUUCCUCAUAUUAUUUUAAGCCUGUUUAUUUGUAACAUAAACUUAAACAUAACUCAAUGUGAUAUUUAUUAAGUAUGCAAAUUGCAGUUAAACAGUUAAGUAUUUUAUUAAUGCACUUUUUUCAAAAACGGGAGGAGUGGAUAAUUGAUUUUAGGGUGCAGAUCCGUGCAGUAUUCACUUUUCUUCGCUUGUGCCCUCAAUGUCUUCAUUUCUAACUCAUAUUUUAUAUAUGACAAAGUUUCAUGUGAUGUCGAGAAGUUUUCCCUUUACAACUUGUAUUAAAUCUCCAUUUAAUGUUGUAAAGUCACUUUUAUGAACUGCACUGCAUACAAAGUAACGUGAUGUCCUGAUGCAUAUGUACUGUCUGUACAUGGAGCCUGUUUUCUUUCAGGCGUUUUGAUUACAUGUAAUUUUGCACCAAGUUUGUUGCUGAGAUUUGAAUUUACAAAGGGCAGCUCACCACCGUGUAUUUGUCCAUAUGAGCAUUAAA